UUUUUUUUUUUUUUUUUUUUAUCGUGAGCCGGUCAAGAUGGCGGCGGUACUACCAAGACGGAGCAGCCGCUCGGCUUAAUCGAUCAUUUUUCUCUAAAUCACCCGGGCAGAUCGGAUUAAAACCGACCGAAUCGCGCGGCACAACUGUGUGAAAUCCCCCGCGGCCUGCGAUAUCCAACGUGAGACCCUAUCGCGUUAAACCCGGUGUUUUUUUUCACGGAAAUGCUCUUACUCUAGUUUAUGUGUCUCGUCCAUUAUCUGUAUUGGGCAGAAUGGGAGAAAAGCUGGAGUUAAAACUGAAGUCGCCGGUCGGAGCCGAAGCUGCAGGCUACCCGUGGCCCUUACCUGUAUAUGAUAAACAUCAUGAUGCUGCACAUGAAAUCAUCGAAACUAUUCGGUAAGUUUGUUUGGAUGUCCCAGAUCUCAAGCUGGCCAUGGAGAACUAUGUUCUUAUCGACUACGACACCAAGAGCUUUGAGAGUAUGCAGAGACUGUGUGAUAAGUACAACAGAGCCAUUGACAGCAUUCACCAACUGUGGAAAGGGACCACCCAACCCAUGAAACUGAACAAGCGGCCUUCCAACGGCCUGCUGCGUCACAUCCUGCAGCAGGUCUACAACCACUCCGUCACCGACCCAGAGAAACUUAACAACUACGAGCCGUUCUCUCCUGAGGUGUACGGAGAGACCUCUUUCGACCUGGUGGCUCAGAUCAUUGAUGAGAUGGAGAUGUUGGAAGAGGACACCUUUGUGGAUCUGGGCAGUGGAGUUGGUCAGGUAGUCCUGCAAGUUGCUGCAGCCACCAACUGUAAACACUACUAUGGCGUGGAGAAAGCAGACAUUCCAGCAACCUAUGCAGAGUCAAUGGACAGGGAGUUUAAGAGAUGGAUGAAGUGGUAUGGCAAAAAACAUGGCGAGUACACGCUGGAAAGGGGAGAUUUCCUUUCAGAAGAAUGGAAGGAACGAAUAGCCAACACAAGUGUUAUUUUUGUGAAUAACUUUGCCUUUGGUCCUGAGGUGGACCACCAGCUGAAGGAACGAUUUGCCAACAUGAAGGAAGGUGGAAAAAUUGUAUCCUCAAAGCCUUUUGCACCUCUUAACUUCAGAAUAAACAGUCGAAACUUGAGUGAUAUUGGCACAAUAAUGAGAGUAGUUGAACUGUCCCCUCUGAGGGGAUCGGUUUCGUGGACGGGGAAGCCAGUGUCGUACUAUCUGCAUACGAUAGACCGCACCAUACUUGAAAACUAUUUUUCUUGUCUCAAAAAUCCUAAACUCAGGGAGGAGCAGGAGGCAGCCAGAAGGCGCCAGCAGAAGGACAGUAAGGAGAAUAAGAGCAACUCCACCACCCCGACCAAGCCCAAGGAGCACAAGGUGAUUUAUGAUUUUGUUUGUGAUUUUUUUUUUUUAAACUCUCUCGUGCCAGUGAAACCGUCACCCAAACCCCGCCGGGCCAAACUGCUGUCCAGGGGCCGCAAGCUCGGCAACAGGAAGCGUGGGCGACCUAAGAAGGCUGCUGCUGCCACUGCAGCUGAGCGCAAAAACAAGAAGAGCCAGAGCGCCCUUGAUCUGCUGCACGCUAAGACCCUCUCAGCAGCCCCCCCUCAGGAUGCAUACAGGUCACCUCAGAGUCCAUUCUAUCAGCUACCUCCCAAAGUGCAGCAUUAUACAUCAAGCCAGCUUCUCAUGGGCCCCACUCCACCAGCCCUGCAGGCUCUUCUCGAUAACGUGAAAGUCCAGUACCUGCAGUUCAUGGCCUACAUGAAGACACCACAGUACCGUGCCAACCUGCAGCAAGCCCUUGAGCAGGAAAAGCUGAGACACACAGAACUGUCCGGUCAGGCCCAGCAGCUGCUCAAUGCUUGUCAUGCUCAUAAGGAGAGGAUCAGAGACCUUUUCCAGUCCAAACUGGAAGAGCUGGGUGUGAAGGCGGUGACUGUGGAGGACCUGGUACAAGCUCAGAAGGAGAUCACAGCCCACAACAUGCAGCUGAGGGAGCAGACCAAACAGCUGGAGAGGGACAUGGCGGAGCUCCGUGAUCAGAGCCUGGUGCUGCUGAAGGCUCGGUGUGAGGAGCUCAAGCUGGAUUGGGGAUCUCUGUGUUUGGAGACUCUGUUGAAAGAGAAAGCAGCUCUGCGAAGACAAAUCUCGGAGAAACAGCGCCACUGUCUGGAGCUCCAGAUCAGCAUCGUUGAACUAGAGAAGAGCCAGAGGCAGCAAGAGCUCCUGCAGCUCAAGUCUUACAACCCGUGUGAGGAGUCCCCCUACCAAAAGGCCCUUCCUGGUCCAGAUCCCCGGCCCACGCUGGAUUCCGACACCCCCAAACUCACCCCACACGCCUCAGCUUCUGUGGGGCUCAACGGCCUCAGCCCUGAGUUAUCCAUCAAUGGUACGGCCUCGCCGGGUUACGAGAGAGGCAGUGGUGGUGGAAUAGGCAAAAACGAGCUCCUCACCCGCUACCUGCCCAUAUCCCCUGACCACGAAAUUGUGCCGCCCACCCCAGACUCAAGAACCAGGCAGCUAGGGCAACCCCUGCCCGACUACACCCGUUUUUCUCCUGCUAAGAUCGCCCUCCGCAGGCACCUCAACCAAGAUUCGGCUGCCAAUCAGUUUAGAGCCCUUGGCAACAUCCACUGGGGUGACACCGGGGCUGUUUCAUGUCCAAUGCUGGGAUUAAAACAUUCUUGCUCUUCACCCAGUUCAGCUGAUAUUCUAGCCACUACCACACCCAGGAGCACAGAUAAGGAAAAGAGCCUGGCUGCCCCCGGCGACACCAUAACCAGUCUACCAAUCAGCAUCCCCCUCAGCACUGUUCAUCCAAGCAAACUUCCUGUCAGCAUCCCACUGGCCAGCGUGGUGCUGCCGAACCGUGCAGAAAGAUUGAGGAGCACUCCUAGUCCAGUUUCGAAUUCAGCAGGACAGAGCAAUGGCAAGCCACCUCUCACGCCUACCUCAGGGUAUUCCUCCAGCUCAGGGUUGGUGAAUGGCUCUCACUCCGCUAUGAUGACCGAGGACCAAGACUGUGACGCUGCAUCCCCUCCCCCUCACAGCACUCCUAUCAUGGGCCUCCAGCCUCGCGGCUCUGGCCUCAGUCCUGCGCUGGGCACUGGAGGUGUGCUGCAGUACGCUGACGGCCCACCGAGGCUUCCCCCUGAGGACGGCCAUGACCGGCACGGCCCUGAAUCUGACACGGAUCUUUUGGACAGCGAGGCUCGUCGCCGUAUCUUUUUCUCCUCGUCCUCUUCUUCCUCCUCAUCUUCGUCCUCCACGGGAGGUUCAAGGCUCCACCACGGGUCGGUAAAGCAGGGUCACCAUCAUCACAGUAAGAAUCAUCACCACCUCCACCAUCAUCAUCAUCAUCAUCACUCUCCGAGCUCCCACAGCCAAGAGGGGCGGAAACGAGGGCGGCGGAAGCGCAGCUCCUCUGGGGCCAUUCCCAUUAGCGGAUCCCCCAAAAGAAGGGCAUUUCCGGGACUUGGCUGCUCGAGCCAUUCUUCUGGAUCACCGCUCAAUAUAAAUUUAAUGGUGAACAACAUAAACCAGCCUUUGGAGAUCUCCGCCAUCUCUUCCCCGGAGCAGUCAGGACGAAGCCCGUGUGGGACAGAUCUAGAUCAGCCUCCUGUGCUUAAAAGAGAGCGUCCUCUGGAGCUCAACAACACGGGUCGUUAUUCCUCCGGCCCUAGUUCAGAUGAAGAGGGUGCCAAUUUUGCCCCGGACACCUCUAAUUCAAGCCGAAUUGAACGGAAAAUCGCCACCAUUUCCUUAGAUCGAGACGGACCCAUCAGAGAUGUGGAAAGGGGCUCGCAAGGAUGUAAAUCAGGUGCCAGUAGCGUGAGCAGUGAGGCAUCAUCUUCCUCCGGAACCAGCAAGUGGAAAUCCACCUUCUCCCCAAUCUCUGACCCCAAGCCAACUCUUACGGAUCUCCGCCAGGGUGGAUCGCCAUUCGGUUUGGGGGAUUCCCGAGGUGGUACGGACUCCGACUCGGACCAGAAACCGCAGAGGAGAGGGGAACGUGAGCGUGAGCCUUACGGGAACUCAAACCUCUUCCUCAGUCAGGAUGGCGGCGGUCGCCCAGUCGUCAACGCGUCAGAGCGGCCGCUGCAGAAACAGAAAUCGCGGGAGUGGGACCUGAAAUCUGUAGGUGGAUUGGCCAGCCAGAACCUCUUUAUAUCCGCUGCGGCCAGUGGAGGCAUCUUGAGUGGGAAAGUGGGUGGGGCCUCCACAGUUUCCUCCGCCUCCUCAGUGGGACAGUACUUCCCCCUGGGUGGGGCUUCGGUUCUCCAGUCCUUAUUUGGAGCUCAGACACCUGGACCAGCCACCGGCGGAGCCCCUCGGUUGGUCAACGGACAUUUGGCGCUCAGCGGUUUCUCCACCGGGCUGGCAGGGGGCGCUGCAGGAGGGAUUUUUCACCAUAUGGUGCCUUCAGUCUCCUCACAGCAGUCUGGGGGCAAUCUCCCGGGCCCCGGGGCCCUCAGUUCCCAGCAGAGGCAUCUGGACACGAACCCCAAACCGGGGGCCCUGUUCUUGGCCUCUGGCCCCUCGCAGCACAGCCGCACACAGACAGUCCUACAUGCGCCCUCACACCCCCUCCCUCUGCCCCCUCCCCUCCUGAGUGCAUCCUCCGCUGUCCAGUCCCAACCUUCCUCCCCACGUCCCGAGCGCCAGCAGUCCUCAAGGCAGCAGUCGUCCCUCCCCGCCUCCACCUCCUCCCCGUCUCUGGCCGCCACAUCCGCUUCCUCCACCUCCUCUGCUUCCUCCCGGCCCUUCACUGUGCACUAUCCCCCGCAUCUGCCUCCCCUGCACCCUCCUGGCAGCGCAGGUUCAGGUGGGGCUGGGGUGUCUUGGAGGACUCUGGGUAUGCAGGCGUCCUUCACGGCCUCGCAGAUCCCCUGUAAUUGCCGCAGAUGA